AUUGCUAAGAACCUCAAGGAAUUAGUAUUAGGGUUUAGCAGUAGAGUGAGAGAGAGGAGAGAGAGAAUGGCAGGUAAGGGGAGGAAAAGGAGAGAGAAGAACUACAGGGCUGCGCACGGUGGCUCCACCGCCCUUCCUCCACCGCCUAAAUCUUCUCAACUCGAUGCUUUGCCCUUCAAACUUCGCCAAAUCAUGAAUUUCACUAAACACCAAAAUGAUUCUCCUGGUUUAUCAAAAGACAAGAAAUUUGAUGAUGGGCAUGUAAAAAAUGUGAAACAGGGUGAUACUAGUGAACAAUUGAAGGCACCACAACACAGUGAUGAACAGCUUAGUGAAAAUGAUGAUAAUAAGAAUAAGAAAAAAAGAAAGAGGAAAGAGGUUAAAGAUCUUAGGUUUGCAUUGGAUGAGGAUAAAACAAACUCCCAGCUAAAAAAAAAGGAGCGCAAAAAGAAGUAUGAAGCGAAAAAGAAGAAGCACAAAAAGGUCGAAGAAGAUGAAAUUUUGGAAUUUCCUGGGCAAGAAAAGAUAAAAUUUGGAGAUAUUGUACAAGCUCCACCGAAGUUAUCUUUCAAUCCAAAAGGGUUCAAGAUAUCGCAGGAUGCUUCUCAUGAGAGACUUAGACUCCGAGCCAUAGAGGAUUACAGGAGUCGCAAAGCAUGGGCAUCGAGGCCAGGAAAUCACCGUCCACCUCCGGUCACUACAUCGGAAUCUUAAGGAUACUCUGCUUACCUAAGGGAGUAUUGUGAAGCAUGCACUAGUAAGCAGAUUGUGCCUUGCAUGAACAAAUAAGAGAAAACAGAUUGCGCAAAAGAUGGUUUUUUCAUAUUUUCCCCCUGGGAGGUGAAUUUUUCUCCAUUCAGAAGCAACUGAUAGGUUGUUAUAAAAAGUAUGAUCCAUGAAAAGCCAAUAGCUUAGCUACUAGGAUGAUUAAUUUUUGUAUAACUAUAGAGAGAAAUAUCGACUCAAUAUGACGUUGCUAUUUGUAUUUUUGUGUCUCUAAAUAUUCUUUAAUCUAUAUUUUCCUUGGUUUGCUCUAAA